AUGACCACCAAAAAACGUCUUGUUCCAUCCAAUACUCCAACACCUACAUCUUCCUCGGAGGAAAAUUCAUUCAAUAUCCAUAAUUUACCACAACAACCUCAUCAGUGUAAUCAUCUUGGUGAUAACAACCAUGUGAAUAAUAGUCAUCAUCACGUGAUGUCCACACAAUCCUCAUCACAUCCCAAUAACAAUAGUGCGUCUAAUAAUAGUAGUAAUCAUCAUCCGAACAACAACGCACCACCAGACAAUCCUUCCGCAACUUGGGGUACUAAAGUCAAUAGGAAAUACCGACAAUUGCGCAAAACGUUGAAAACUUGCAAGCAUUUCGAAGAUAAUUAUUUUGUUUUGGAGUUGAAUUCAAACAACCCGCAACCAUCUUCGUCACACACUUUAGAUAAUACGGAACAUUCGAAACCAAUGUCGCAGUCGCCAUCGUCUCAAAAAACUCGUCGUAAGAAGUCUCCUCAUGAACAACACCAACAACCACCACUGGGUCCUGGCGCAACAACUUCUCCAGUCGACAUGUUAACUCUUCACUCAACAGCCCCACCAAAAAAGUCGGCUCUCUUGCCCUACCAAGGACAGGUUCAAUUUAUGAGUGAAUUCAGUGUUGUUCGUCCGUGCGAAGAAGAGGUCGUUCCUCUUUCCAUCAUCAACCGAUCCGAAGAGAUGGAGCAAAGAAACAAGAGAACUCCCAACAGUAGCACCUCGGGUUCUACCUCCUCGAUUACACUUGCGGACACGACAGAAUUGAAGUCUUCAAAGAAAAGAAAAACUAAGGAAGAAGACAGCAAGCAUGGUCAACCCUUGAAGAAGAGGGAUUCCAAAAAAUCGGCCGUCAUUACCAUGUCCAACAGUCAAUAUGCUUCAACACAGUCUCAAGAAAAAUCAGCUUGUUCUGCAUCUGUAGAUAUAAUGAAUGACACAUACAUGAACCCGAUAAUAAUGCAGUCCAAUUUUUCGAGCCAUGAAUCAUCUAUGAUUUCAAUACCCUCCUCACUGCCCAAUUCUCAACAUCACGCAGUUUCUCCCACUCAGACAUACCUUCCAAGUCACAACAACAGCAAUCGCACAAAUGAACAGUUCCUUAUGGUUAGCUCUGAACAAACAAAUUCCUCGCCACACCCAACAACCUCUUCCAUCACAACCAAAAUUACCGUAAAUCCAAAUCACAAUUCAACCAAAAUUACUGUAAAUCCCAACCUCGACUUGGUAUCAUUCUCACCUCAACAUUCACCAGGAUUGCCAUUAACGGGCAGCUCAUCUUCAAACACCAUCAGCUCCCUUCCCUCUCUGACAUCUCUUCCAUCAUCAAGCAUGGCUGAACUUGCACAUCAGAUCUUGAUCCUUCGGAAAAUAAGCUUCCCAGUUUGA